CUGAGAGACGGAGAGACGGGGCUCGAGCCUCCGCACCGUGACAACAACCAGCGGGAACAAAACCGGAAUAAAACACCGACCAACAGCAGGAUCCAACGGCCGUGAACCCUCCGAGCCCCACCGGACACUCACCGGGAGAACAGCGGCAGAGGAGGCGGGAGGAGAGCGGAGGCAGGCGGGGGUCCGCAGCCCGGGAGCCUGCCUGUCUGUCCGCCUGCAGACGGUAAGACAAAGCGGACUGAAGCAGCUGCGAGCGCCGCUUUUAAACGUCGUGUUAACACUGAGUCACGGUACCGGAUUCACCGCGGCGCCUUAAAACGAGCCGUUAUUCACCGGAGGUCUGAGAGUGACGUGUGUUUUUACCCGCGGACGGUGUGAGGACGGAAGUCGUGAAGGUCCAGAUGUUGGCCUGGUGAUGAUGCUCCAUGUUCUGACAGACACACUGACACCACGGUCUGUCCUGUCCCCUUCAGCAUGAACCAGGGCCUGUAGACACUGUGAGGACCCGCUGGAGACAUCCGGGACAUUUGAUGUCCAUAAACAGACUGGAGGACAUUAAUAAAACAAACAGGUGGACACUGCGGUCCUCACGAGGACAGGAAGUGGUUGUUUAAAGGAAUUUCUUUUUGUUUCCUGACAGUUUGGAUGUAACAGAGACACCAUGUCCCUGAGGUGGACUCAGCUACCUGUCCCGGUGGUCCUGGUCCUGGUCCAGGUCCUGGUCCUCUGUCGCUCAGUGUUGGCGGCUCGCUCUGACAGAAACAUGGUGUCAGAGGAGUACGUGGGCGCCACGGUGAACGCCACGGUGCUGGACGGACGAGGGAACACCAUCCACAUGAUGAGCAGCGACGACGGGACGUAUGGACAGAACUCACCGAAAGUGGACACCAGGGGUGUCGUCAUCGCACCUGCACCACAUCACGGAGUGGUGGACCGGCAGGGCUGCGACCCCAACACUCGUUUCCUGGUCCCUCCCAGGAACGUCCACUGGGUGGCGCUGCUGCAGAGAGGAAACUGCACCUUUAAAGAGAAGAUCCUGAAGGCGGCAGCCUACAACGCCACGGCGGUCCUCAUCUACAACAACUCCACCAAUAAGACGGUGAAGAUGGGACAUGAAGGUACCGGUGACACGGUGGCGGUGAUGAUUACAGAGGCGUACGGUAAAGAGAUCCUGGCUCACCUAGAGAGGAACCUGACCGUCCUGGUCUCAGUGGUGGUCGGCCAACGUGGUUCUGCCAAAAACAUCAACCGAGGCUCGUUGGUCUUUGUCUCCAUCUCCUUCAUCGUCCUCAUGAUCAUCUCGUCUGCCUGGCUCAUCUUCUACUUCAUCCAGAAGAUCCGCUACACCAGCGCCCGUGACCGCAGCCAGCGUCGUCUUGGUGAUGCAGCAAAGAAAGCCAUCGGGAAGCUGACCACGAGGACGGUGAAGAAAGGAGACAAGGAAACUGAUCCAGAUUUUAACCACUGUGCGGUGUGUAUCGAAGCAUACCAGCUGAACGAUGUGGUCCGCAUCCUGCCCUGCAAACAUGUCUUCCAUAAGGUGUGUGUGGACCCGUGGCUGAACGAGCACUGCACCUGUCCCAUGUGUAAACUCAACAUCCUGAAGGCUCUGGGCAUCAUGACCAGUCUCCCCUGUGUGGACAGCGUGGUGUUGGACGUGGAGCGUCUGGGCGUCAGUCAGGCGUCCAGCAGCCAGAGAGCAACGCUGGGUGACAGCAACCAGCCGUCCAUCAGCCUGGAGCCACUCAGCCCCCCCCACCCUGAGGCCACGCCCAGAACCCCUGCUGACAUCACCAUCGCUGUGACCAGCGGCGGUCACUUCUUCAACAGGAACUCGAUGUCUCCUCGCAGCGUCGUCUGUGAGAUGGAGCUGCCGGACAUUCAGGCCUCGCUCGACCUCUACGACGACAACAAGUCCUGAGGCUCAUUGUCAUGGUUACGACCUCACUGCCUCCACCUCCACCUGCUGAUGGACGGACAACCCAAUAAGGAAGCAGGAUGUGUUUGGUGUUUCCUGUAGGGUGGGUGGAUGGUCAGGGGGUCUGAAAAUGGAAAAAUGUGGACGAACUUUGAAAAAUCAUUUAAUCCAUCAGACUUUCUUCAGCCUGGACUCAGUCUGGAUCCUGGUCUCAGUUUAGACCCCGUAACUCAACAUGUUUUUAUUUUCCCCAGAAGAAGAAAAACUUUUGAGGAAACAGAGAUGUUUUUUGUGUCACAUUAUUAGAAAUUCUUUCUAAAACAAAUAUUCCUGAGAUCUGUACUCCAGAUCCAAAUUCAACCAAGGAAGUAGAACCUGAACUAGGAUCCUCUGAUGGAACCAGGGGUAAUGCCUUGGUUGAGUUUCUUGAAAAGUUCCUGUAAAGGUUUUGGAGUCCCCAGAGCACUCUUUUGUUCUUGGAAAAGGGUUCCUGGGGUAGGUCCUUUGUUUCUACAGAGGUUCCUGAACAGCUAAAAACAUGUGUGGGUCCCGGCAAAACGUUGUAAAUUUCUUAAACUUUUUUUUUUUUAUAGGUUCUGAGUUCUCAAAAAGGUCCCUACGUUUCUGGAAAAGGUCCAGAGCUCCUUAGAAGGAUCCUGGGUUCCUGAAAAAGGGCUCCUGGGUUCCUCUAAAAAGUUUGUGAAUUCUUAAAGAGGUUUCUUGGUUCUGAAAAUGCCCCGGAGUGCCUAAAACGGUUCUUUAAAAAGUUUCAGAGGCCCUUAAAGUUCCCAGGCUCUUGUAAAAAAGAGAGAUCCUAAAGCAUUUCUUGGGUUCCUGGAACAAUUUUGUGAAUUCCUAAAGAUUUCCUGAACAGGUUCCCAGACUCCAUAAAAUGUUCCCUGAAGCAUUUACUGGACACCAAAUGCACUCUUGGAAAAGGUUUUGAGAUCCCAAAAAGGCUCAUGAGUGCCUAAGGAGUUCCUGGAAAGGUUCUUGGAAUCCUGGAAGGGUUCUUGGGUUCCUGUAAAUGAUCCUGAGCUCUUAAAAGGGUUCGUAAAACAUUUCUGAGGUGUUAAAAAUGUUCUUGGGUUGUCAAAAAAAUCUAGUUCCUACCAAGGAUCCUGAAAUGGUUCUCAAGGCUUUAAAAAGGUUCCUGUGCUCCUGGAAAACAGGUGAAAAGAUUUUUAUUUGAGACGAUCCUGCCUGAACCUAAAUGGACCUGGAAGUGCCAGGACUAGAACCAUAACAGACCCAGAGAACAUGAACCAAGAAAAGGUUCUCUGAUGUUCUGCGUUAAGGCAGGACUCUGGACAUUUGGGAAUCUGUAACUUGACCCUCUGAUUGGCUAACUGAAGAUGACAUCAUCAACAGACUCUUGUGGACUCCAGUUAGUCUGACUGAAGACCUGGAUCAGAAUUCCUCAAUAAACUGACUGAGCUUAUUCUUCGUGCUCUUCAUCAGACUGGAACCAGCACCAGAGGAAGACCUGGAUCCGGAUCAUCUGUAGAAACUCUGGAGGAAACCGUCUUGUGAACUUUAACAGUGUUAAAUCCCCUGUAGCAAAAAGAGACGUUAGAUUUAAAGGAACAGUCCGAUAUUUCAGAAAAUACUCCUGUUCUCUGUUUGAGCAUCAUGUGGGGAUCCUCAGGGAGGCGUCCCGGGUCCUCUGUUCUUCUUAUUAAAGGGACACUUCUACAUGUAUUAAACCCUCGUGUUCUCCAGACUCAGACGAGACGAUGAGUAGCUUAGCUUAGCACAAAUAGUGGAAGCAGGUGGAAACUGUUAGCUCCACCAAAAGAGAGAAAAUUAACGUCCAACAACCUCCAGUCCAUCUGAGUUUACCUUGUUAGCUAAUGGGGCUAGUCAGCAGUUCGUCCUGUAGUCCGCUGGUCGGGUAAACAGUAGAGUCAUCUGGAGUCUGCAGGUCUUUGAGCCAAUCAGAAGAGAGUCGGAGGUGAGUCACUUCCUGUACUGCCAGAAACUGAAAAGCAGAAAACAAAUAAGUUCACUUUGAUUGUUGUUAAGUAAUUUUUGCUCAAUAAUUAAGUUCUGUCCAGAUGAAGCUCAAACUGUUGUGUAAAAGUUGGUGUAAUACAACAGCUGGUCGGUGACACAAAACCACCACAGAAGAAGAAGAAGAAGAAGUGGUGAUUCAGAGAGGUCCCCUUCAAAGAGUCUCUCAGUUCUGGUCUAUAUAGCCCCUUUUCCACCGCAGGAACUUUUAUCAAUUACCCGGAAUUCUGAAAAACCUCUGCGCAUUUCCACCGAAAUUACCCGGUUAAAAAACUUUCCCUCAACCUCAAAUUUACCCUGGAAAAAGUACCUAGUAGGGAGGUAGGACUUUUCAAAUUACCCAGAAUUCUUGAGGGGCGGGGCUGUUUGCUGAAGAACACUGAUUGGUGGAACACACACUUGCAGCAUUCCGCACUUCCUGGUACGGGCAGCCGCUGAAAACUUUAUUUAAUUUCUACAAGCAUCAAUUCGUUUCUGUUUUGAUGCAGGAUAGGCACUGACACCUGGUACUAAAUUAGCCCCGGGGCUAAAAUAUUAAAGGUCAUAGUGUCAGACAUAACGUUAGUGUCGGUGGAUGAGAGACGCGGAGCAUAUUGAAUAUCGCUGUCUACAUUGGUGGAUUGUUCCUAAUGAGCUCUAAUGACAGCUGUCUGUAUGUAGACUAACUUAGUUUGACACUUAUCUUAAAAUACUUUACACUGAGCUGCUGGCUGAGACAAACAGCCCCAACUCUCUACACCAGCACGUAACCAGCCAAUGAACUGGCGGAGCCAAAUACAUGCCGCAUGCCGAAUCAUCUACGUCAUCACGCUGAUUUGAAUAAAUUUACUGGAACUUUAGGUGAGGUGGAAACAAACCAUACACAUUACCAGGAAUUAUUUUACCCAGGUAAAUAAAUCCCUGGGAAUAAAAAUUCCUGGAAAUGUUGGUGGAAAAGGGGCUAAUCUGGUACUUUCUUCUUGACCUGUGAUCCAGGUGGCUCAGAUCUUUAGAGAUUCU